GAAGAAUUUACUAACCAAUCAUAAUUUGUUAGUAUGUUAACUGAAUUUCACGGUUUUACGUAUAGACGUUGAUGAAUUUACUUAAUGUUGAUAACAGCCACAUAAUUGAAAUUAUUUGUUAUUAUAAAAAAUGUUUAUCUUAGCAGAAAUGAAAAAUGUUACUAGAAUUCCACCGGAGCUGUUUAAUUUAAAAUUAAAUGAUGCUAUAGCUAGUGAAUUGAAUAAAAAGCUUGCUAAUAAAGUUGUACUUAAUGUUGGACUGUGUAUUGCCCUUUAUGAUAUAAUAAACCUUAAAGAGUCUUUUAUAUUUCCUGGUGAUGGAGCCUCCCAUACAAGAGUUAAUUUUCGCUUUAUAGUAUUCAGACCUUUCAUAGAAGAAGUUUUAAUCGGAAAAAUAAGGAGUUGUAGUCAAGAAGGAGUACAUGUAACUUUAGGUUUUUUUGAAGACAUUAUAAUUCCUCCGACAGCAUUGCAGCAUCCUUCAAAAUUUAAUGAAACUGAACAAGCAUGGGUUUGGGAGUAUAACACAGCAGAUGGUAGUAAACAUGAUCUUUUCAUGGAUGCUGGAGAAACUAUAAGAUUUAGGGUUACAGCUGAGGUAUUCAACGAAACAUGCCCCACCGGUCCAAAUAUAAUACAGGAAGGACAAGAAAAUUCUGAAAAUAAAAUACCAUACAUGUUAACUGGAAGUAUCAAUGAACCUGGAUUAGGUUUGCUAAGUUGGUGGGAUAAUUGAUUUUUUAUUUAUUUUAUUCUGUUUUUUGAGAAAAAUUUAUUGUAAAUAUUAUAAAUAAGUAUGUUCAAUGUGCUCAGAUUUCAAAGAAUAAGUGGAAUGUAUGGAAUGAGAAAAAUUAUUAUUGUUUUUAGAA